AUGAUGACCGCCAUAGCGGCUCCGUUGAAGAGGAAGCAGCCUGCACUCGCACAGGCGUGCGUGCUCUGUCGCAUAGCCCACACCGCCUGCACGGGCACCAAGCCCUGCCGGCGGUGCGUGACAGAGGGCACGCCGGACAAGUGUCAGUUCACCGAGCCCAAGAAGCGCGGACGCCCCCCGCGCCUCGACAAGAAGCCCAAAACCGAAGAUGACGGGCAGGCAAGCACUACCACCGCCACAGCCACCGGACCAGGUCCAUUGUUGCAGCCGCAACCGGUCGCUGCCGGCUCAGGACACGGCCACGGCAACGGCCCUCGCUCAUCGCCAGCUGCACAGUUGCAGCCGAUGACGCCGAUUGCGCUGUCGCCCUACCCCGUGCCAUCGUCCUUCAUCUCCCUCUUCGUCCACAACGGAUCGCCCAUGCAGACCCUCCCACCGCCCCCGCAGCACUACCACCACCAGCAGCAGCAGCCUACACUGCCCCAGCCAUCCCACACCCAGCCACAACAGAACGGCGCUGGCUUGCCACACGCCGCACUCCCGAAUCACGCACAACAGCCGCAGCCGCAGCCGCAGCCAUCGCAGCAGCCACAGCCGCAACAACCGCAGCCACAGCCGCAGCUGCAACCGCAGCAUCAACAGUUUGCUGCCACUGCGAGCAUCACCCACUCGCCCAGCGGCUCCGGUCCGGGGAGCUCCUCGACGUCGCACUUUGCUUCGUUCAUACAAUCGGCGAGCCCUUCCACGACGUUGCCUUCUCCGACGUUCAACGUCUCCACGCUCUCGUCGUCGGCGUCGCCCGUGGCUCCCCCGGCAUCGCCGCCGCCGCCGCCGCCGGCCAUGGAUGCGCUGCUGUCGCUCCUCGUGCAGGAGAUCAAGGACCUCAAGAAGACCGUCAAGACCGUGCAGAGCGAGAUGGAGGCGCUCAAGAAGCGACAGACCGACCUCGAGAAGACCGUGGCAGGGUCGCUCCCGAGCUCCCAGACCUCGUCUUCCACAUCGCCCACAUCGGCCUACCCCUCGGCCCAUUUGACGUCGUCGUCUUCGCUUUAUGCCUCAACUCCGGGCGGAGGCGCGAUCUACGCGAGCGGGCGAGGGUCAUCGUCGCACUACCUCUCCUUCAACGCCGGCGGGCCGACCGCCGCGUCGACUUCACUGCAGCCGCUCCAUUCGAUGAUCAUGGAGCCCUCGUUCCCCUCCUACGCGUCGCUGCACGACUCGCUGGUGGUCGCGCGGCAGAACAUCCUGCAGCACUUCCCGUUCCUGGCCGACUACGACCUCGGCUCGCCCAGCAUACCGUUCGUUGUGGACGACAUCCGCAAGCCCUGCUGGGCCUACAGCGUGCGGCCCCGGCACCUGGGAGAGGACAUGAAGCCGCCGACCAUCGUCUACGCCAACACCGCCUUCUGCCGCCUGACCGGCUUCGCCUCGCAUGAGCUGCUGGGCAUGAGCUCGCAGCGGAUAACCUAUCUCGAGGACGAACACAAGAAGAAGAUGAUCCACUUGAUCUACCAACAGUCGCCGGUGCCCUACACGGAGGUGCUCAACCUGACGUUCAAGUGUCUGCGGAAGGACAUGCGAGCCCUGCGACUGCAUGCUCGCUACCAAAUAUUCUACGGCAGCAACGCCAAGUGGCAAUGGGUCAUGGCAUGUGUGGAGCGCAUCGAGCACAUCCCGCUGACGCCCGAGGAAGAAGCCAAGCUCCAUUCGUUGGCGCUGACGUCACCGUACACCAUGGCAGAGGCCAACAACACAUCACCACCAUCGCGGCUCGAGGGAGGAGUGCAGAACUACGGUAGCGUCAACCACUACGCUCCGCCUGCCCCAACACAACACCCUGGAGUUCACCCGCCCUCGUCCUCUGGCGGUGGUGGCGGUGGCCUGCUGCUCCCGCUCGGCGUGCACUCUCCACCGCCGCCACAAUCGCCCGACUACGGGGCCUAUUGGGCCAUGUGA